AGGGGCCGUUAUACGAGCAUUUCUCUCGCGUAAUGCGAACAGGAAAGCGUUGAGUUCCUAUGUUUGCUUGUACGCUUUAGCAAGUGAUACACAUAUUAACUGGAAAGUGGUUUGACCCUCAAAAUGGGUGAGCCGCAGCAGGUCAGCGCCCUCCCGCUGCCACCGAUGCAGUACUUCAAAGAAUACACAGAUGACAAUGUACGGAAAGGACUGGCCCCUAAACCACCUCCUCCCAUUCGGGAUAAUUACACAAUGUUUGGCAAUCUGUUCCAGUGUGAUGACCUUAUCAUCCGGCCACUGGAGAGUCAGGGGAUUGAAAGGCUGCACCCAAUGCAGUUUGACCACAAACGAGAGUUGAAAAAGCUUAAUAUGUCUAUCCUAGUUAACUUCCUGGACUUGCUGGACAUCCUGAUCAAAAGCCCAGGCAGCAUUAAGCGUGAAGAGAAAUUGGAGGACAUGAAACUUCUUUUUGUGCACAUGCACCACCUGAUUAAUGAGUAUCGACCUCAUCAGGCUCGUGAGACACUGCGAGUGAUGAUGGAAGUACAGAAGAGGCAGAGGUUGGAGACAGCUGAGCGCUUCCAGAAACACUUGGAACGUGUUGUUGAGAUGAUCCAUGGCUGCCUUGCCUCACUGCCUGAUGAUUUGCCCCAGCCUGACACCUCUGGUAUAGCUGGAGCGGUGGUUUCAGGUUCAGGGGGGGAUAUUAGACUAAAAACUGAACCCAUGGAUGUGGAAGAAAUUGGAGUUAGCUGCAUAGUAGGACAACCAGACAAAAAUGUACCCACUUCUACAAAGGAAAAAGUAUGGGAUAAAGAUGCUAUGAUGUGCAGAAUCAUUGAUGAAAUGACGUAAAAGUAACGUCCUUUUUUUCCUUUUGUUUUGUUCUAGGGUAAAUAUCAGAUUGAUAAAACUGUUGCAGCAGUCAGUAGCAAAGCUAUUCAUGUUUGGAGGGGAAGGUUUUUUCUUAUAAAAUGUCUUUCCAAAUUCUGUACAAAUCAUAAAUUUAAAUACGGUAUUUUUUCAUUUUGUUUACAACUUCAAUGCCUUUACCUUGUUUUCAGGAAUUGUCAGGUUCUUGUUUCUAAUAAAAACUUUGUUUUACUAAUAA